CUGGUGCCCAGGCAGCGCGGAGGGGUGUGGGCGCCAAGCCAAGGACCCCCGCGCGGCCAGCGCGCGCCGGGGCGGGAACGGUGGCCCCGACGAGCGCGGGCGCUCGGAACACGUGACCCGAGUGGCGAGCGGGCCGCGCCGAAGAGCUUCCGCCUGGGACGAGUGCGUUCUUCCUGAGUGUCUGCUUCCCAGCAGGCCCCAGCCAAGCUCUCCAGUCAGUGACAGAGCCGGGCGCCUGCGGCCCGAGCGCUCCCGGCAGCACCAUGCCUGCGCUCCUGGAGCGCCCCAAGCUUUCCAACGCCAUGGCCAGGGCCCUGCACCGGCACAUCAUGAUGGAGCGGGAGCGCAAGCGGCAGGAAGAGGAAGAGGUGGACAAAAUGAUGGAACAGAAGAUGAAAGAAGAACAGGAGAGAAGAAAGAAAAAAGAGAUGGAAGAGAGAAUGUCACUAGAAGAGACCAAGGAACAAAUUCUGAAGUUGCAGGAGAAGCUUUUGGCCCUCCAGGAAGAGAAGCACCAGCUUUUCCUUCAGCUCAAGAAAGUUUUGCAUGAGGAAGAGAAACGGAGACGGAAGGAGCAAAGUGACCUGACCACUCUGACAUCAGCUGCUUAUCAGCAGAGCCUGACAGUUCACACAGGAACUCACCUCCUCAGCAUGCAGGGAAGCCCUGGUGGACACAAUCGCCCAGGCACCCUCAUGGCAGCUGACAGAGCUAAACAGAUGUUUGGACCUCAAGUGCUUACGACUCGGCACUACGUGGGCUCAGCAGCUGCUUUCACAGGGACCCCAGAGCAUGGACAAUUCCAGGGAAGCCCAGGUGGUGCCUAUGGGACAGCUCAGCCCCCUCCUCACUAUGGACCCACACAGCCAACCUAUAGUCCUAGUCAGCAGCUUAGAGCACCUUCAGCAUUUCCUGCAGUGCAGUACCUAUCACAGCCACAGCCACAGCCCUAUGCAGUGCACGGCCACUUUCAGCCCACCCAGACAGGGUUCCUCCAGCCUGGUGGUGCUCUGUCCUUGCAAAAGCAGAUAGAACAUGCUAACCAGCAGACUGGCUUCUCUGAUUCAUCUUCCCUGCGUCCCAUGCAUCCCCAGGCUCUGCAUCCAGCCCCUGGACUCCUUGCCUCCCCUCAGCUCCCUGUGCAGAUGCAACCAGCAGGAAAGUCAGGCUUUGCCACUACCAGCCAAGCUGGGCCUCGGCUACCCUUCAUCCAACACAGCCAGAAUCCUCGGUUUUACCACAAGUGAAGUGUGCCUUCAACCUACCCUUCCCAUUCCCCAUGGGCAAGAGUCUCCCCCAGGCCAAUAAAAUGCAUCUCCCACUGUC